AUCCUUCCCGCCCAUCCCGCUAUGAUCUUGUCUCAAGACGACUCAUUCUAGAGCUGCGUACAAUGUCCACCAGGAAUAUAAAUCCCCUCAAAGUUAAUGUGGUAAAGAAAAUUAAAAGCUUGAUCGACUGCCUUGUGGGUAUCAAGGAUGAAACGGGAGAGUUUCUGAUGCCUCUAGCCGAUGGCAGAGUAAUCGACACGAAAGGUUGGAACGAUUGGGAGUGGACCCAUGGGAUAGGUCUUUACGGUUUGCUCAAGUUCCAUGAGAUUAGUGGCGAUCAAGGCUCCCUUAGAAUUGCCCUUGCUUGGUUCCGUGACCGUUUUGAGAUUGGUACUACUAAGAAUGUCAACACCAUGUCUCCUCUUCUUACUGCAGCUUAUCUUCACGAAGCAAACCGUGCUGACUAUCUUGUCCAUCUGGAUUCCUGGGCCGAGUGGGUCAUGUACGAUAUGCCGCGGACGGAAGAAGGUGGCCUUCAACACAUAACGUACCUCGCGGAUCACCACCAACAGCUGUGGGACGAUACUUUAAUGAUGUCGGUCUUGCCUUUGGCCAAGAUUGGCCUUGUACUGCAACGACCGCACUACGUCGAGGAAGCGAAGAGGCAGUUUCUACUUCAUAUUAAGUACCUUCAAGACGUGCAGACAGGACUGUGGUUCCAUGGUUGGACCUUCGACGGUCGACACCAUUUCGGCCGUGCCAGAUGGGGACGUGGUAAUUGUUGGAUAACCGUCGCCAUUCCUGACUUCAUUGAAAUGCUUCAACUAUCGGAAGUCGAUGGGAUUCGCCUACAUCUAGCGGCCUCCCUUGUUGCUCAGAUUGAUGCACUGGUCAAAUUCCAGGACGCGAAGACUGGGUUGUGGCACACCAUUAUCGACGAUGAUUCUUCAUACCUGGAAGCAUCUUGCACAGCUGGUUUUGUGUACGGCAUAAUGAAAGCCAUUCGCCUUCGACUGAUUCCGAAGGAGGAACGCUACAUCAAUGCUGCGAAGAUGGCGAUUGAAGCGGUCAUAGAGAAUAUCACGGACACAGGGGAACUGAAGUUGGUAUCAUUCGGUACCCCAGUUUUCAACGAUAUCGACGGGUACAAGAAAAUUCCGUUAACAAGCAUGCCCUAUGGGCAGAGUCUCGCACUUUUGGCUUUGACCGAGUACCUCAGAACAUUUUUGUAG